UCCGGCGCGCGCGGGCCGCGCCAUGUCGGAUGCCGUUGGGCGCAGCCGGGGCCCCGCCCCGCCCGGCGGCCCCAGCGCCCCGCACUGAGCCCGGAAGCGCUUCCCGGCCGCGCUCUGCCCCGGACCCCUGUCCCUGCUCCAGCCUCCGCUCCCCGCGCCCGCCGGGGCACGCGCCUCUCCCUCUCCCCUUCCUCAGGAGGAGCGGGGGGGCCCCCGCAGCGGGGCCCGGGGCAGAGCCGGGGGGCGGGAAUGCAGCCGCCGGAGCCGCAGCCGCAGCCGGAGCCGAGCCCCCAGCGCAGCACGAAAAUGCCAGAAGCCUCAGAAGACCACAAUCAUUGGAAGGCCUGUUGACUUCCGUUUUCUGGUAAUCUGGAACAUCAUCUAUCUGGCAUGGCGCAGGGCAGCCAACAGCUUGAUGUGCAGGUACUCCAUGAUCUCCGGCAGCGUUUCCCUGAGAUACCUGAAGGGGUGGUAUCUCAGUGCAUGCUUCAGAACAACAACAACCUCGAUGCCUGUUGUCGAGCCCUUGCGCAGGAGAGCAGCAAGUAUUUGUAUAUGGAGUACCACAGCCCUGAUGACACCAGAAUGAAUAGAAAUAGCCUUUUGCACAUUAAUCUGGGUAUUCAUCCUCAUACCAGCUAUCACGCGGGGGAUGGAGCUCAACUUAAUGGUGGUCGUACACUGGUACACAGCUCAAGCGAUGGACACAUUGACCCGCAGCGCACGGCAGGUAAACAGCUGAUUUGCUUAGUUCAAGAACCACAUUCUGCUCCUGCCGUUGUGGCAGCUUCUCCUAGUUACAAUCCAUUUUUCAUGAAUGACCAGAAUAGAAAUGCAGCUACUCCUCCUCCACAGCCACCUCCACAGCCAUCUUCCAUACAACCAGGAAUGAACACGUCUGCUAUGCAAGGCCCUCCCACGUAUAUGCACAUACCUCGGUACAGUACAAAUCCCAUUACUGUUACAGUAUCACAAAACCUCCCCUCUGGACAGAGUGUACCCAGAGCUCUACAAAUUCUUCCACAGAUUCCAAGCAAUCUUUAUGGGACUCCUGGCUCUAUUUAUAUUAGACAAACAUCUCAAAGUUCUUCAGGACGACAGACUCCUCAGAAUACACAGUGGCAUUCAUCGCCACAGGGCCCAGUUCCACAUUAUACUCCUCGUCCUCUACCUGUAUAUCCACAUCAACAGAACUACCAACCUUCUCAGUAUUCUCCGAAACAACCCCAGAUCCCUCAGUCGGCUUUUCGAUCACCACCGGCAUCCCAGUGUCCCUCUCCCUUUGGCUCUCCUCAACACCAAGUUCAGCCUCCUCAGCUGAGUCACCAGAGUUCACAUGUUUUCAUGCCUCCUAGUCCUUCCACUGUACCACCCCAUCCGUAUCAGCAAGCAUCCCAGACUUUUCAAAAGCAAGGUGGUCACUCUGUAUCAUACCUUCCUCCUUUUGCUGGACCGAGUUUAUCCAAAGGUUCCAUGAAUAAAAUAGAAAUUACAGUUGAGCCACCACAAAGACCUGGGACUGCAAUGAACAGAAGCCCUUCACCAAUAAGUAAUCAACCAUCUCAACGAAACCAGCACCCGCUGUAUGCAGCCACUACUCCUCCUUCAGGCUCUCCAUCCAGAGGUAUGUCGGGACAACCCAAACCUCCGUUUAGUGUUAAUCCAGUAUAUAUUACCUACACUCAACCAACUGGACCUGCAGGUGCACCAACACAGUCUCCUCGGGUAAUGGUAUCUCAGCCAAACCCAACCAUUUUUAAAAUCACAGUAGGUCGAGCACCGACUGAGAAUCUUUUAAAUUUAGUGGACCAAGAAGAGCGUUCUGCAGCACCAGAACCUAUUCAGCCUAUUUCUGUAAUCCCAGGAUCUGGAGGAGAAAAAGGAAGCCAUAAGUAUCAGAGGAGUUCUAGUUCUGGAUCAGACGACUAUGCUUAUACUCAAGCCUUGCUGUUACAUCAACGAGCAAGGAUGGAGAGAUUAGCAAAGGAACUGAAGCUUGAGAAAGAAGAACUUGAACGCUUGAAGACUGAAGUCAAUGGUAUGGAGCAUGAUCUGAUGCAGAGGCGGCUUCGAAGAGUCAGCUGUACGACUGCAAUUCCAACACCUGAGGAAAUGACCAGAUUGAGAAGCCUCAACAGACAACUCCAGAUAAAUGUUGACUGUACACUGAAAGAAGUUGAUCUCCUUCAAUCUAGAGGAAACUUUGAUCCGAAAGCCACAUGUAACUUCUAUGAUAACAUAGAGCCUGGUCCUGUUGUGCCACCAAAGCCAUAUAAAAAAGAGCAUCAAAACAGCUCCAAACAGACUCCACGAACUCAGCCAAGAGAUGAAGACUUUGAAGGGGCCCCAUGGAAUUGUGGUAGCUGCACCUUUCUAAAUCACCCAGCACUAAAUCGCUGUGAACAAUGUGAAAUGCCACGAUACACCUGAAAUUCAGGAAGGGGCUGCACUGGGUUUGAACACAGGCUCUCAAGCCAACAGCUGUAAGAGAAGGAAACAUGGGGAACCUUUCAGUCCAUCUGCCCGGCCUUUGCCAGUCAACAAUCUUCAUAUUGCAAGGGGUGGGAGUAAUGUGUUAGGAUGUUUCUGCUUCUGCUGCAUUAGAAAAUAAAUAAAUUAAGGGUUAAAUUCCUUCCCAUUGCAGUGAGCGAAGCAGAAAAUGAAACCUGAAAAUGUAAAAGGAUUAAUUUUGAGAAGAAUGUAUGCAGGAAAGCAAGUAACUACUGGUGUUUAUUCCUGUGGUUAUAGUUACUGCUUAGUGGCUCUAAAAAUAAACAACCCGAAACUACUGUUUUUUAAAAGAAAAUUAUAGGACUCUUAGUAAUGGUGUGAAGUGUUACACUUAACCAGAAAAACUGAAGAGCCAGAGCUGACUUAACCUGGCCACAGCUAGCUGGAAAACAAAGGCUCCCUGUGCUUCUAGAUUGUAAGCUACUGAAAAAGAAGACAGGUAAAUGCAAUGAUAAAUUUUGCAAUGUAUAAAAAACAAGGAGAAGGGUAUUUGUAAUUGCUGCUUUUUUUCAGGGUAACUUAUGUCUACAAAAAAUUGCUGUUUGAAAUAGUGACCUGAGGUGACUAAAUGAGGAACCGUGUGAGUGUAAUAGAGAGUGUAAUCAGAGGUAAUUUUUUACAAUCCCGUUUGCUUGUACAGUGCUCACCUGGCUGUGUCAACACUGGUAAUAAACCAAGAAUGAAUUCUACCACGUUGCAGAUGAAAAUCCUGCUGCAUGCUUUCAUUGGGCCGUCGUGUUUCCAAGCUCAAAGGAUGCUUUUCUAUACAACCAUCUGAGCCUGUGCUCUGCAGCAGCACAGUGACAUAUGCCAAACACAGGCUACUCCAAAUUCCAUUUGGAAGACUUGGGCUCAGCCAUGGUUGUGUUUGAGAAGAGUUUGUACCCAGUUCCUUAGGCCUUCUCAGCUUCCAAUUUGUGAAGAAUUCAUGGUGUUUACAGCACAGAAGGUACUUUGUGCCCCAGAUCAAAGUUAGCUGAAAGAUAAUUAAUCAGCUCUUCAGUAAAGGUUUAUUUGCACAUUAUAAAUAAACCAGCCUGUACAAAAUAGCAGAUGCCAGAUCCUGAAGAAUUACACACAGCAUUCUUUCUAUUUUGAUCAGGAAAUAUUUGUCAUAGGUUAAAGAACACAAGACUUGCAAUUGAAAAUCCUGCUGGUACUUAUCUGCCUAUGAUACACUGUAUUCUAAGGGUGAUGUUCAAUCUGUCUGAAUGCUUCAGGCUGCUGGAAUGAAGCACUCGAUACUUUGUGAUCGAACUUGGGUUUGGGCAGCUGAAUGAUUCUGUGACACAACUGUGUGACUGAGUAUGGUGUUCUGUGUCCUGGUCAGAGGCUGGUACAGUGCAUUUGAGUUUUAUGGUAUAACUUCAUCACAAUUCAGAGAUGCAGCCAAGCACUUCAGCUGAAUUAUGGUAAUUGACUUGGUAAAGCAAAAUUUGCUAUUAACUUUACCAUGAGAGUUUUAAACUACUUCAUUUUAAGCUGUUCUUAGCUAAUGGCAGCCACAUCCAUAUUGUCAAUUACCACAGUUCUCUUGAUGUGUGAUAACAUGCUAAGCUGUGGUAGAACAAUCAUAUGUCUGAAUCCUUAUUUAAAAUAAAGCAGCAUUUGCAAGGGGUGGGUGGAUAUAAACUCAUCUUGACUGCGUUGCUCAAUCUGGUGUCUUCUGUCCUCACAAUUUUAUAAAGACAACAGUAAGAACUGAACUGUUGAUCUUAGAUGAGGAACCAAUAUUUUAUCUGGCAUUUUUCAAUAUGUUCUUGCACUAACUAAAUCUUCAGGAUAAUUUUUAAAUAACCUAGAUCUCCAGCAAUCAGUGUGUACCACUGAUGAGCAAAACAAAGUCAAAGGCAUCAGAGAUAGUUUUCCACCCUUCCUAGUGAUUUACACUACUGUGGGGGGAGCUCAUCACAUUUGGAAGGGGGUAAGCAAGUUACUGUCAAUUACUGUCAGCUGUAAUUGAAAGGCAAAUAUUAAUUUUAUGCAUAUCAGUGGACAGUUUGACAAAACUGAGGACUAGAAAGCAGACGAGCAGAAGCAUUCCUCUUAUCAGCUGUAUAAUGAAUGACUCCAAACAAUACAUGAAGUAACUUCAUGGCUUUUCUAUCCUGAUGCCUUUGUCAUUGUAUUAUUUCAAUUUUCUGUUCCUUUAUACUUCUGGUGAAGUUCUAGAAGCAUUUGUUUUUGCUGGAAUUACAAAAAGAUAGCAACUGAAGUGACAGCAAAUGAGAGUAGGGCUGUCAUGCAAAAAUACAUUGUGCCAUUUUCAGAAAGAAUAGAGGCUACUAUAUUUUGAAGUUAUGUUUUGAAGUUUUGAAGAUGUGACUAUUUGAAGGAGGAGGUGCAAAUAUGCAUUCAGUCCAAAAAUGCCCUGAACUGCAAUAACCGUACACGGAGACUUGCAAAUCUUAGUCCCAGCUUCACCAGGGGAAGAGAAAGAAGGCUGCCACCACAGCAAGGUACUUAUUGGAAGAGUGAGUCAGCGUCAUUAAAUUGAAAAAUAAUUCCUUUCUACCAAUGAUUUUACUUGUUUUUUUUCAAUUACUCUCAUUUGUUGCUUGUACAAACAAACAAAGAAAGAAAACCACCACACCUUCUGUUGUAUUCUUUUAUUUGUAAAUGCCCAUACUCAAACGUUAAUAGUGAAGACUUGACAUGGUGCUUGAAUAUUUCUAGUUUGUUAGAAUGUAAUUGUAUUUUGAAUAUUGGAAGAUCCAUUUUCCUUCUGAAAGCAGGUGAUGCCAUUCAAACCCCAACUGAAUUGUAGAUUAUACCAAAAAGAUUGGUUUAUGGAAUAUUUAUUGAAUGCACAUAAAACCCUAAUGUCAGCUGGCAUACAAAAUGCACUGUAUUGUAUAAAACGUGUAUGUGUGUAUGUGUGAGAAUGUUGGGAUGCUGUUGUGUUGAGUUAAUGCACUACUUGUGUUUUCUUUUUUCCUUAUUGACUGAGCUUUCCCUCAAUCAUGCUACUAGAUUGGUAGAGUUUGUAACUGACUUGGACAUUCAGUUAUUGAAAAUGAUCUCACUGUUCAUUGAAAUUUUAUAAAGCUUAUUUUAUAUUUCCUGUGCUAUUAAGAUGAAUUCCCUUAUAAUUAUAGGAUACUACUGUAGUUCUUUAAAAGUUUAUUUAGAGUGGGGCUUGUGGAAAAAUUAUUCAGAACAUAGUAAACCAAAAGAAAUCCUGAACUUUGGAUCUACUUUUAAUUUGAUGUAAUUAUUAGUCUUGCGUGGGUGAAGAGGAAAGGGGUGGGAAGUCAAGCAAAAGGAAGUACUUUGUAAAAUGUAGUCUUAGAUCAGAUUGAAUUGUGUAUCUGUGUGUCUGUUGUAUGUGUGUGUUUCCCUUGAAAAAUGGGAGGUGUGGUGAAAAGGUGUAAUAAUUCUUAAAAGAGCUGGUCUCAGUACUUUCUGAUUAUGAUAUGCUACUGAAUCACGUUUUUUUUUUAAAAAAACAACUUUUCUCUCAGUAACUUUAUCUCUCCCAGCUAUACAUUUCUCACUUCAGUUUCUAAAUACUUUAAUACUUUUUCAAUUUCUAAAUACUUUUACAUUUAAUAUUGAUUGUAAAAUCCCUUGAAACGGAAAUAGAAAUACUUGAGUUGAAAUGGGGACAAAUUAAAAACAAUAAAGAAUGUUUUAAAAAAGAAUGUGAGAAUAUUAAAUAUGUUAAAAACAAGCUUGUCAUCAGGAUGAUGGUUCUUCUUUUGAAAUCCAGUGAUGUGCCCUAGAAUGUGAACAUGACUAUCCUGAUGAGAAGUGAAUGGUUGGACAUAAACAAUUCAACAGCCAAUUUGGUACCACAGAAUCGAUGUGCUCUGUACUGCAGUGACUCCAAAUCCCACAAGGAAGGAAGACAUGCACAGAUAUCACAUCUCACAGUCAGUACUGUCUCUGUGUGCAGCUGCAUUUGUUUUCGUUUCAAAAUGUCAAUCUUACAUAAACCCAGACGUGACUGAGUUUUGCCACAUUUUUUCAGUUGGGGCUUUCAUUGCUGUUUAUGUCCAUAAAUUCAAAUAUUUUUCUUGGAAUAAUCAGAAAUCAAUGGAGUUCAUGCAAUAUUAUAAUCCUGGAUUUCCAGUAUCUUUGAAACCAAUUUUAAAAAACUGUGUUCUUGAAACUUAUUUAUUUAUGGUGGCACCAGUGUAUCUAAUCCAUACUUCCUGCUGUGUGAAACCCUGUUAAAUUUUUUCAUUAAAAAAAGAAGACACGAUCUUGUUUAAUCCUGUAUAUAUGGUGUCUACAUUCUAGAUUUGUGUAUGCUGUGAAUGAACUUAUUACUAAGAGAUGAAAUUGUAUAAAAGCAUUCAGAGGCUAUGCAUGCAUGGUACCUCCAGAAAGUGCAUACUCCAAGUUGCAGAUUCCUGCAAAAAUAAAUUAAUAAAACUAAGCAAACAUCA